UAGACUAACUAGAGGGUGAGAAGAAAGAAAGAACCAACAAGUGGGGUGUUUCAUUGGUUGUUGUGUUUCCCACCAAGUUCACCUUUUUCUGGGACCUUGAAAUCCUUCUGCUCCUCUACUCAAGUGGGCCCCUACUACUCCUUCCACUUGUUGCUUCUCCCUCUGUCUUUGUGCUCCGCUCAGAAAAGAUCCUUCUUUCUCAAUCUGGGGUUGCUCAGUGAUUCUCGUUUUUACCUCUUUCUGCUUCCUAAAGUAGAUGACGACGAUGAUGAUGUGUGGAGUGGUGUACUAGAACAGAACAUCCGAAAUUGGUGUAGUUGAGGCUGCACAUGUUUGUUUCUGUUCUCUGUUCUCGUGUAUUUCUGUGUUGUCUCACAACAGUGUCUUUCUGUUGUCGUCUGGGGUGUAAAGGAAACUGCUCCAUUUCAAUCCAACUCAUCUCCGGAUCGCCUUGAUUGGGCAAAGGUUCAAAAGGGUGUUAUUGUUUUGAUUGAAACUUGAUUCUUUUGGUAUUUAUUUUGGUUGUAAGAGCUUUUUUGCCAAACAAAAAAAGAAGCUUCUUCUUCUUCUAUGAGAAAGUGAUUUGGAUUUCAUGCUUGGUCCAAUAUCAUUAUGGAGGAGUUUCCACUUCUCUAGCAUUCAGUACCGUUGCUCAGUGGAAAGACAUGAAGAACCUUCUUAAGAAGCUUCAUAUCAUGUCUAACCAAUCAGAGAAUGAACAAGGGUCUUCUUCAUCAUCUUCAAAGGGAGGAAACAAGUCCAAUCUAGGUUCAUCUUCAUCUUCCAAGAAGAAGGUUGUGCGCUCAACGUCCCCUCAAAGUUCUGAGCAAAAGCCCUUUUCCGGGCUCUCCAGUUGGUUGAAUUCUCUGAGGGGUGAGAGAAUGGAGCCAUCUGAUGCAGUGAGCAGUGGUGGUGGUUUGGAUGCUGUGUUUUCAGAUUCAGCUAGGCUUGAUUCAGGGUCUAGUGGUUCAAGGGAUCCUGAAGUGGAGGAAGAGUAUCAGAUACAACUGGCUUUGGAGCUUAGUGCAAAGGAGGAUCCUGAGGCCGUGCAAAUUGAAGCUGUUAAGCAGAUCAGUUUGGGAUCUUGUGACCCUGGUUACACACCAGCUGAAGUUGUGGCCUACCGGUAUUGGAAUUACAAUGCUCUUGGUUAUGAUGACAAGACCUUGGAUGGUUUCUAUGAUCUGUAUGGGAGCUUAACUGAGUCAACCCCUGCAAGAAUGCCUUCCCUUGUAGAUCUGCAACUGCAAGGAACACCAAUCGCAGGUAGUGGUACAUGGGAAGCUGUCUUGGUCAAUAGGGCUGCUGAUUCUAAUUUGUUGAAACUUGUGCAAAAGGUCCAGGAGUUGACUGGCAAAUCAAGUCCAGAUUUUGUAGUUAUAGAUAGCAAUUUGGUGCGCAAGCUUGCAAUAUUUGUGGCUGACUAUAUGGGUGGACCCGUUGGGGAUCCUGAAAGCAUGACAAGAGCGUGGAGGAGUCUUAGUUACAGUCUGAAAGCAACCCUUGGUAGCAUGAUUUUGCCACUUGGUUCUCUAACUAUUGGAUUGGCUCGGCAUCGUGCGUUGUUAUUUAAGGUUCUAGCUGAUAGUUUGGGCAUCCCAUGUCGGUUGGUGAAGGGGCUGCAAUAUACAGGCUCCAAUGAUGUGGCGAUAAACUUUGUCAAGAUUGAUGAUGGAAGGGAGUACAUUGUUGACCUAAUGGCAGAUCCUGGAACACUUAUUCCUUCUGAUGCAACUGGAUCACAAAUAGACUACGAUGAGUCUUUGUAUGUUGCCAGUCCUUCAUCAAGAGACCUUGAUUCCUCUCAUGUAGCAUCAUCCAGCAGUGGUGUUGGAAGUUCAUAUGAAGAAACUUCAGAUUUGGGGAUGUUGGACAAAGGAAACAGGUCAAAACAUUUUUCCCAUACAGGGAAAGAAUAUGAUGUAAGCAGGUCCUCCACAGGAAAGGAAGAAUCAAUGAGACCCUUGAAUGAAUUUAAAAGUCCUUACAAUGUUGAGAAGAUCACGGGGCAGGAAGCUCCUGGCAGACCUAAUCAUCCACAUGUACAUGCAAGAUCUCCUUCUUGGACUGAAGGGAUAAGUUCUCCUGCAGUACGUAGAAUGAAAGUCAAAGAUGUUUCUCUAUACAUGAUUGAUGCUGCCAAGGAGAACCCUCACUUAGCCCAGAAACUUCAUGAUGUUUUACUUGAAAGUGGUGUGGUUGCUCCUCCAAAUCUAUUUUCUGAAAUUUAUGAUGAGGAAUUAAGUUCCUCAACUGAGGCCAACUUACUAACUGAAGAAAAAGAUGAACAUGAACAGGGAAGUGGACGGCAAGAAGCUGAGAUAGAUGGUAAUGUUAGUCCUGCUCAAUUUUUUCCUCCUAGAGCUCUUCCCAAGGCAAGUUCUAGCAGUCAGCUGGAGCAUUUGAAACCUGUAGAAGGUUUAGGAAUCAACCUUCCUCUUCAUACAGGAGAAGCAGCUGGACAGCAAAUACCAACUCAGGUAAAAUAUGGGCAAAAUGUCCCAGUUGCUGCCGCUGCCGCUGCUGCUGCUGCUGUUGUUGCAUCUUCUAUGGUAGUUGCAGUGGCAAAAUCAAGCAUUGACUCAAACAUAGAGCUUCCAGUAGCAGCAGCUGCUACCGCUACUGCUGCAGCUGUAGUAACUGCUGCUGUCAGUAGACAGUAUGAACAGGGCAGUCGAAGUGAUGGAGAUACAGACAGUGCUGGCUAUGACCUGAAGGGUAGUGGUGAUGGAGAGCAUAUAGCUUUAGGAGCAAAUUCAGAAGGGGACAGAAGAUCUGAUAGGUCAGUAGUAAGUAAUGAUAGCACAAAAUCUGAUUCUGCAUUAGAUGAUCAUGAAGUUGCUGAGGUUGACAUUCCAUGGGAAGAAAUCACGCUCGGUGAGCGUAUCGGACUUGGGUCGUAUGGUGAGGUAUAUCGUGGUGAAUGGCAUGGAACUGAAAUUGCUGUAAAAAGGUUUCUAGAUCAAGAUAUAUCUGGUGAAUCACUUGAAGAAUUUAAAACUGAGGUCAGAAUAAUGAAAAGAUUGAGGCAUCCAAAUGUUGUUCUCUUCAUGGGAGCUGUAACUCGACCUCCAAAUCUUUCGAUUGUUACUGAAUUUCUUCCCAGAGGAAGUUUGUAUAGAUUACUUCACAGACCAAACAGUCAAUUAGAUGAGCGAAGGCGUUUGAAGAUGGCCCUCGAUACUGCUCGAGGAAUGAACUAUUUGCACAACUGCACUCCUGUGGUAGUGCAUCGUGAUUUGAAGUCCCCAAAUCUUCUGGUUGACAAAAAUUGGGUUGUGAAGGUAUGUGAUUUUGGCUUAUCACGUAUGAAGCAUAGCACAUUCCUUUCUUCCAGAUCAACUGCAGGAACAGCUGAGUGGAUGGCUCCUGAGGUGUUGAGAAAUGAACCUUCAAAUGAGAAGUGUGAUGUUUAUAGCUUUGGGGUCAUAUUAUGGGAGCUCUCUACUAUGCAGCAACCAUGGGGAGGAAUGAAUCCGAUGCAAGUUGUUGGUGCUGUGGGCUUCCAGCAUCGACGUCUUGACAUUCCAGAUGAUAUGGACCCUACAAUUGCUGAUAUUAUCAGGAAAUGCUGGCAAACAGAUCCAAAUUUGAGACCUACAUUUGCUGAAAUAUUGGCGGCUCUGAAGCCAUUGCAGAAGUCAGUUAUUGGUUCUCAAGUGCCUCGACCAAGUGUGUCGGGGAAGCAUGAGAAGGGUCAGUCAUUGCAUGUUGUAGAAGACUCGGCAAGAUAGGAUACAAUUAUACAACUAACCAAAUCUUUGCUUGUUUUGCUGCUGAAAGGUGGAGAACAAGUUGCCAAGUUGUAUAGUAUUUUUGGAAUGAAAAAAAAAGUGAGUGGUUGAAGCCAUCACCUAACUUACAUUAUUGUCCAAGUUGUGAUUCUUUCCAGUCUUUGUUCCUUUCCUUUUACUUUGUUUUCUCUUUCCAGUCAGGUUGUACCAUUUGUUUGAAUUCUUUUGUAAUUGUUGUAAUAUCAAUUCUAAAUUUUGAUGUCCAUAAAUAGUUAGGAAAUUUUGCAGCUGUAACUUAACAGCUGAAGAAAAAGAUGGACUAUGAGUGAAAAAUGUCUGUUCCUGUAAAUAGUGACCUUGUAAGUUGUGCAAAUGCCUUAAAUUUCAUGUGCCUAGUUGGACUCUUCCAACGGUUCCCCUUCA